GACAUUUAUGCUCUUCCGGGUGAAUGUAGCGGUGUCAAAGAAGCAACGUAAACAGAAAGGUCGGUUUAAUUUUUAUCUGCUUUGGUUUACCAGCUCCAGCAUUUCUUCAUCUGUAUCUCUCCGCGACCCCAAAACCUUAAAUAAAACACAAUUAAGUUUGUUUAUGCUGGGACGCCAUGCUAAAGGUAGCUUCUUGUGAUCAGCGGGAAGUUUUGCAGGAGUUGAGAUGACUCGGGGUGAGCAGGCAUGGGCUCUGUCCGCUGGGGUUUCCGCUGCGGGUCGUGGACACCGAGCAGGUCCGAAUGGUUGUUCGCUGCUCGGUGUGUCCAGCAAGAAGAGAAGGACAGGAUCGGACAGUUUGUCUUCGCUAAGGAUGCUAAGUCAGCGAUGGUCACUACUGGUUCUGAUCCACCCUGGAGUUUCAACAUCUCCCACCAAGGCGACUAUGCUGUGCUUGCUGCACAACAGGGGAUGCAGGUUGGAGUAGAUGUGAUGAAGACCACACUGCCAGGUAGCAACUCCAUCCCGGAGUUUUUCCGCAUCAUGACUCGUCAGUUUACAGCGCACGAAUGGAGCACCAUCCAAUCAGCGGGCUCGGAGCGCCAGCAGCUUGCCGCGUUCUACCGCCACUGGACCCUGAAGGAGAGCUUCAUCAAGGCCAUCGGCACAGGUCUGGGUUUUAACCUGCAGAGGGCAGAGUUCCACCUGUCGCCCGAGCUGCUCACACAGGGCAAGGUGCUGCGCCAGACCAAGAUGCAUCUGGAUGAGGAACCAGACGAUUUGUGGAUAUUUGAAGAGAGUCUGCUGGACGUUGACCAUCACGUUGCCGUUGCACUCGGACCAGCAGACGAGGCCGGCUCCGCACCUCUUCCUCCUCCCGCCGCGUUCACGCUGCUGUCGUUCGGCGAACUCAUAGCCUCGGCCUCGCCGCUGACAGAAGAAGACGCUGCCUACUGGGAUAGCUUCAGGAUGAAGGCCGAGGCUCCGCAGAGACAGAAGGAUACAUAGAUAUCUGGCUGACAACCUGUCUCACGCUGACAUUCACCUGCCCAACACACACACACACAAACCUUUCAGAAGUGCCAAGGAGGAAACACAAGUUCACUGACAUUGAAGCUGCUUUCUUAUUCCACACAAGUCCAGUCAAGUGCUGUCAAGUUUCUUUGCAGACCUAAAAAUCUGAAGUUUGCCUCCAAGGAAUCGGCACCAUCUAUCUUUGGAACUCUGCCGAAGAAGGAACGUCUUUCAACUCGCAGAAGCUGUUCAACUUUUCAUGCUGUUUGGAUUUGCGCUGUGCUUUUCUUCCAGUAUUUUUUUUCAGCAUGAUGAGGAUCUUUCUUGAAGAGCCUAAUUGAUAUUUGAAAGAUAAGUGGAAGAUAAAUGCAUAAACUUCGGCCAAGGUAAAUUAUGCUAUAGAAGCGUAGAUAUUUACAUUUCUGACAUCUGAACUCACAGAUGAUAUAUAUAUUUCUACAGGAUAUACGAAUUUAUUUUUCAAAGUGGUCUAAGUAUUAUUUUUUUAUUAAUCAAUUUGUUUUCCGUGCCUCUCAUGAUGCUCAUGAUGAUGAUGACAGUAUGUUCAUUUGUCAAAAUCUGGCCUAUAAUGUUGCAUUCAAUUAUAAAAUAAUAAUGUUAAUAACAAUAACUGAUACAUUUCCCUCACUAAAACUCUGGAUAAUAUUGAUGUAAAAGUUCAGUAGAAAUACAAAAACACUUCCGCCUUCUUACUUUUGUGCAUUUAUUGAUUACAGAGUCCUUUAUUGGCAUUCUCUAGGCUUUUUCAGGCAGUUCCUUGCAAAAUCUGGAGAGAAGUGGAGUGGAUGUGUUGUUCAGACUUGUUCCUAACUGCAAAGGCGAACAUUUACUGCAAAUAAAGACAUAAACCAGAGCCCAGAACAUCUGGGUUUUACAACUAAUGAGAAAAGAUGCAAAAGUGUGCACAAGAAUUCUCUGUCUUACUGGAGGAAUUGCUGCCGCACCUGAUCUUGUAAUUCUAAAGCGAACGAGGCAUUUCUUGAAAAAUGUCAACUUUUCCUCAAACCUUCUUGUGUACUGAAGCCUUCUGAUUUUGACCAAAAAAUCACAAAUCUGUUUCCAGUGCAGUAACUUCCCUACAGAACUGUCAUAGUUUAAUAUAGUGGCGUGAUGGGCGAUCAAGAUGGGACAAGAACUUAAAAGACGAAAACAGCAACAGCAGUCCUUGCCUGCAGCUGCUGUGAGUUUGUCUCUUUUUGUCUAAAAAAAAACUUGCUUUCUCUGCAGCUGAGAGGAUGAGCAGAGGCAGGAGGGUCAGACAGGAGUCAAAGAGGCUCCUUUUUCUCGUGUCAGGUUUAGUGUAAUACCACAGAAAUAGACUCUUCUUCUUCUUCCCCAGGUGUGGGCUGGAGGCAGGAACUCUUUCAGCAUCAGUGUAGCCUGAGGCUCGCUCUGGUGGUGAAGAUUGAUGUUUUUCUCUAAUGGAAGAGCAUUUGGUGCCGCAAACGCUUACAGAGAUCAUAUUGUUGAAAUGAAUUCAAAAUUAUGUAUGUGGACUUGCAACACGAUCAAAAUUGCAGCAAAAUAUUGUUUACGACAGAAAGAAAUGCUUCUAGCGGAGGCGUGUUUUUCUUUUUAGUUCCACCAGCCACACUUUGUUUAAUUUGUUUAAUUAGUGAGAACAACGCAUUCACAUAAAUCCUCUUUUUCAAGUAUGCAAUAAUAUUUGUCUCAACACAGAAGUGUUCUUAAAAUAAAUCGCAGCCUAAUGAUGACUCCAA